CCCAUUAGCUUUCUCUUUCUUAUUUCCUGCAAAGCUUUUCCCUUUCUUAUUUCCGGCAAAACUAAGUACAACCCAUUCCAAAUGGCUAAUCUAUGCCUUACAGCCACCGGUGGUACUCUCAAGAUUGUGCUAGCACAAAGCACAAAAGGAAAGCCAAACUCACCAGACCCAUCUCAACUGCUCAACAGAAAGCCGCAGAAUAUUAUUAAUAUGAAAAAUUCAAUUACAAAAAUCAGAGAUAUGUUGAAGAAAGAUGAGGUUGAGCUAUCAGUUUCCUCGUAUGACACGGCAUGGGUUGCUAUGGUCCCCUCCCAGAAUAGUUCCAAGCAGCCUCUUUUCCCACAAUACCUGAACUGGAUUAUGGAGAGUCAACAGCCUGACGGUUCAUGGGCUUUUGACCCUGCUCAUCCCCUCCUAAUUAAAGACUCACUCUCUUCCACACUGGCCUGUCUACUAGCUCUGCACAAGUGGAAUGUUGGUGACAAACUUGUGCAUAAAGGUCUGGACUUCAUCACCUCUAACAUUUGGGCUGCCACCGACAAGCAUCAACAUUCUCCGCGUGGAUUUGAUAUAAUAUUUCCAGGCAUGAUUGAGCAUGCCAGAGACACGGGCUUAAAUCUUCCUUUCAACAACUCUUUAAUAGAGGGAAUGCUUCUCAAGAGAAAUUUGGAAAUUAAAAGUUUUCAGGGAGAGACAAACCGUCUUGCAUACGUUGCAGAGGGGCUGACCCGAUUAAAUGAUUGGCAAGAGCUAAUGAAAUAUCAAAGAAGCAACGGCUCGCUCUUCAAUUCACCAUCUGCAACUGCAGCUGCUUUUAUUCAUUUUCAUGAUGGAAAAUGUUUAGAUUACCUGUCUUCACUGGUGAAAAAAUUCGACAAAGCAGUUCCUACCAUUUAUCCAUUGAAUAUCUAUCCUCGUCUUUAUAUGAUCGACAAUUUGGCAAAGCUGGGAAUUGAUGGACAUUUCACUGAAGUAAUAGCAACCACACUAGAUGACAUAUACAGAUCCUGGAUGCAAGGCAAUGAAGAAAUAUUUUUAGACCCUACAUGUCUUGCUAUGGCAUUUCGUCUCCUACGGAUGAAUGGAUACGAAAUCUCUUCAGAUACGUUGGUAAAUUUUGACAGACAAAAAAAUAUCUUAAAUUCGGCGAAUGAUGUAAAGUCUGUUUUGGAGUUAUAUAAGGCUUCACAGAUGAUAAUAUUUCCAAAUGAACAUAUUCUUGAAAGAAUUUAUGCUUGGACAAGCACUUAUCUUAAAAAUGAGUUAGCGAGUAUUGGAGCGAUUCAAGACAGGAGUUUGCAUAAUGAGGUGGAUUAUGCUCUAAAACAUCCAUACGCCAAUUUGGAAAAAAUUGAAAGUCGCCGCUAUAUUGAGAGUUACAAUGUAGAUAAUUUUUUACUUUUUAAAACAUCUUACAGGUAUUUCAAUAUUGAUAACAGUGAUCUUUUGACGCUUUCAUUCCAAUACUUUAAUGAGUGUCAAGCUAUAUACCGUAAAGAAAUGGAAUAUCUGGAGAGCAGAUGGGUCGAAGAACAUAGUUUAAAAAAUUUAAAGUUUGCAAGGCAGAAGGUCGCAUAUGCCUAUUUCUCCAUUGCUGCAGUCCUUUCCCACCCUCAUCUCUCUGAUGCUCGAAUAUCAUGGGCCCAAAAUUCUGUUCUAGUUACUAUUGUCGAUGAUUUCUUCGACUUUGGUGGUUCGAUGGAGGAGCUAUUAAACCUCAUUGAAUUGGUUCAUAGAUGGGAUGAACACUCAACUAUUGGAUUCAAAUCCAAAAAUGUGGAGAUACUCUUUUAUGCACUUUAUGGCACAACUAAUGACCUUGCUGACAAGGCUAGCAAACAACAAGGCCGAUGCGUCAAAAAGCACUUGAUUGAUAUGUGGAUCGAUACGCUGGGUGCCAUGUUAAAGGAAGCUGAGUGGUCAAGAAACAAAAUAGUGCCGACAAUGUAUGAGUACAUUACAAAUGGAUAUGUAUCAUUUGGCAUAGGACCUAUUAUUCUCACUUCACUUUAUUUUAUGGGCUCUAAACUCUCUGAGCAAGUUGUAGAAACCCAGGAGUACAAUGAUCUCUUCGUGCAUCUCAGCAUGAUUGGGCGACUUAUAAAUGAUUAUGCAUCUAUUACGAGAGAAGGUGCAGAAGGAAAACUGAAUAGUGUGUCAUUAACUAUAAUACAUGAUUGUGGAGCCAUAACUGAAAAGAAGGCUCAGGAGAAGGUUGCAAGUCUCAUAGAGAGCCACAGGAGAGACUUACUGAGAAUGGUGCAGCAAACAAAAAGAAGCGUGGUCCCUAAAGUUUGCAAAGAUCUGUUUUGGAAGAUGAGCAAGAUCUUGCACCUCUUUUACUUGGAUGAUGAUGGCUUUACAAGUCCACACAAGAUGGCUAGUGCUGUGAAUGAAAUCAUCAAUGAACCAAUCCUUUUACUCACGUACUCAAAGUUGGAUUAAAUUAAUAAAGCAUAACAUGGUUAGACUAUGCUGGGAUUCUUUCCUUUUUUUCUCACAAACUGUAGAAGCAAUAAUACCUUCAAACUUCAAGAGUUUAAUAUUGGGACUUUGUAACUCUUUUUCCCAUUAUAAUUUUUUGUUUAUUAAAAAAUAUUUAUAACUACUGCAAGAAACUUUUUUCUCAA